UUCAAAAGAUGCGAUUCUGUAUAAAAGAACUAGGAAUUGGGAAAAUUUUCAGUGACGAAAGGACUAGCAACACACCAGUACUUCUGAUAACUAAGGUGUUAAUAUGGCUAAAAUUUCAGCAAUUUUUGUGCUCAUUAUUUUUGGAUAUAUGGCAUUGAUCGAGGCCAAAAACAUCCGGAAUGGAGGAGAGCGCAUUAAGAAGUUUUUUACAAUCAACGGGAGCGAGUACUAUAUUGACACUGAUGGGUGGAUGACCUAUGCCGACGCCAAGCGCGAUUGUGAAAGCCGAGGAUCAAGACUGAUCACUUUCUCAUCCCAACAAAAGUAUGAUGAGAUUUUGAACUGGCUGAAGGACAAUCAAUUGAGCUGGCAAUGGUUCUGGACUGGCGGCUACAGGAACUUUAACUCUGAUCAAUGGGUUUGGGGCCACAAUAAUGAAAGAAUCGGCAACCUUAUUUGGGCGGCCAACAGACCAGAAGCACAAGUUUUGUCGGAGUCAAGGUGCAUAACUUUCAGCCCCGACUUUAACGGCUGGGAUGACGAUGGUUGUUCAAUUUUUUUGCCACACAUUUGUGAAAAAUGUCAAUGAGCAUGAAGAUAAUUUUACAAUUAGGAAUGUAACUAUUUAUUAAACAAAUAAGCAUUUUUUUUUUAU